AUGGCCAGCAGCCAAGUAAUACUGUUUCUCUUCUAUGGAGAAAUCUGGAAAUCGCUUUCUACAGUAACACCUCAAAACGUUUCCAUGAAUAAAAGAAAUGCAUACACCAGUAUCAGGAGUCCAAUAGAAGACAAAGCUCCUCUAUAUCAGUUGCAAGCAACUGGACCCAGUUUACACAAAUCUAGAAGAGCACUGACUGUUACGACACCACCUCAGUUCCCCAAAGCUUAUACAGAACCUAGCGAUGGAAACUGGAUAGCAGCACUGAUAAUUGGCAUCAUUUUGGUUAGUAUGAUAAUGGCUAUUAUUAUUAUUAUUAUUGUGUGGAAAUGCUGCAAGAGGCCAGUUCUAGUUGAUUCAAAUUGGGCAGGUCGUUCUCCAUAUGCAGAUGGAGACACACCAGAUGUCUUUAUGGACUCUGACCAGGCUACCAAACAUUCAUCAGUUUUAUUUAUGUUGCCUUGGAAAUUGAAACAAGACACAAACUUACAGAAUGAUCCCAUUGCAUCAGAGAAACCAUCUCACUGCACUACCAGUAAUGAAAACAGCCAAUUGCCUCCACCAGUAGAAGAAUGCUCUGCAGCCAGCAUUUCAGCUUCCAACAUGGAUGCAUCUCCAGCUCCCACCUCAGAAGCAGCAGGCUGUGCACACGACUCCUGUCCUCACCCAGUGGCUUUACCCGAAUCCCCAGAUUUGCCACCUCCACCUGACUGGCUCAGGGAACCAACUGAGGAUCACAGUUCAGAUCUCAGCAAGCACCCAGAAUUUCACUGAGAAAUAGAGGAACAAUUGCUCCCACCAACCAAGUUACUUAUUCAAGAGACUCAUGAACCACUGCCCCAGCUGCCAGAGCGAGAACACCCUUUGCAGACUGCCAAAAUUUAUUCCCAGCAUACUUCGCAUUUUUCUUAAAUGAAGUAUUCUUCAAAUAACUGAAAAAAAGGAGAAGUUGACGCAGGCAAGAACAGUGAAACCACAGCACGGACACUUCCCCAGCGUUUCGUAACUUCAGCUUUCACAAAAUGGAACAACCUGCUUCUGCCUGAAGCAAAUAAUUUCAAAAUACAAUACAGAUUGUGCCCACUAGUUUUCUGUAACUAGUGAUUCCAGAUUUUGGAGACUACAGAAAACAGAGUAUGCAUAGCUUUGUGUGCCAGGAUACACAUAUAUGUAACAUACACAUAGACAUGGAGCUUUCAAGAAACAGUACAGCUUUAGAGAUACACAGAGCUUCUAAAAAUUGUUUGUUCUACUAGGCUGUAUAAGCGAAUGCAACGAAUUCAAGUUAA